UGACUUCAUUUGUAUUUUGUCCAUAAAAUAAAUCAGCAGAAGAUUAUUAUUAUUGACAGAAUGGAUAACGUUUUUAAGCUUAUCUCUUAUGACAAUGUUUCUUUGAUUCUGUCUGCUGUUGUCUUGCUUUAGACUUGUGUUUCUCAUUUCUGUAUUCAGUGUGUGAAGCUGGUUUGAUCAGAAAGCAUCAGUUUCUGUGUUUGAUGUGAGAUCAUGUGAGUUUGGUCAGUGCUGUAGUGAAUAAGGUGCUUGAUGACAUGAGGAACAUGAGGAACAAAAAGUGAAAGUAAAGUAAACUCAGCAGCUCGGGGUUUUCCAGAACCAUGUGGCAUAUCAAUAGUUUGAUUUAUUAAUGUUUACAGUAUUUGUUUUCUAAGAAUCUUUCUAUUGAACACGUAAACUGUCUGGAUUCUGAGUUUCAUUCACUAAAGAUGGCAGAGGGACCUUCAUCUCCUACAGAAAUGUCAGAGAUCAGCUCCAGUCCAGAUGAUCCAGUGAUCCAGAUUCUUCUGAUAGGCAGAAAGGCUUCUGGGAAAAGCUCACCAGGAAACACUAUAUUGGGAGAAACAAGGUUUAAAGAGUAUGAGUCUGAAGUGUGUGAUGGUAAAACACAGAUCGGAGAGAAGCAGGUGUGUGUGAUUAUUUCUCCAGAUCUACUGGAUCCAGAUCUGAAUAAAGAGAAGCUGGAGAUGCUGAAAGAGCAGCUGGUCUCUGGAUGUUCAGCAGGUCUCAGUUCAGUUCUGCUCACUGUUCCUCUAGAGGAACCUGUGGGAAAUGAGGAAGAGAUCCUGGAUUUCAUUAAGUGUUUAUUAGGUCCUGAAGUUCAGAAGUACAUCAUGAUUCUGUUCACAUAUGGAGACGAACUGGAGGAUCUGGAACAGACCACUGAUGAACAUCUAAAACAGAAAGAUCGUGCUGAUCUCCAGCGACUGUUGACUGAAUGUGGAGGAAGAUUUUACUGUUUCAAUAUCAAGAGUAAAUCAGAUGGUCAGAUACAAGGACUACUGCAGAAGAUUGAAGGAAUAAUGAUGAAGAACGGAGGGAAAUUUAUCAUGGAACGAAUGAAGAGGAGCAACAGCAAAGUCAAUACUGUCAAUUUUUCAGAAGAAUCUCCAGCUGAAGAUCCAGAUUCAUCAGGUUCCUGAGAGGAAAGAUCAGAUCAGGCUGCUUCUGCUGGGAAAACAGGAUCUGGAAUAAGAGCCACUGGAAACACCAUCAUCGGAAGAAACGUGUUUGAAUUCUCCAUCAGCACAAUCUCUGCAGAAAUUACAGCUAAAUGUCACAAACAAGUGCCUAAUUAAACACUUCAGAAUACUGGAAUAAACUAAACUCAUCUGAACUAAAGUAUCUGUUUGAAGAGAAAAACAUAAACUGUAUAUGAGUAUUGAGAAUCACAAACUCUUUGAUGACCCAUCAAGACAAAAGACCAGCUAUAAAGUAAAAGCUAUUAAAUAAAUGCUGUUUCAUACUAUUAAUGCAUAAUCUGAUUUAAGACAGACUUUUUUCAUCACCAUGACAGUCUUUGUUUAGUUUAAUGUUCUGUGGAUCAAGUAAAAUAUUAUUAAUGUGUCGAACACCAGCUGUAAACCUGGAAAUAUUUCUUGCUUCUUAACAAUUUCAAAUGAAAUGAAAUAAUAAAAAACAAAAUAAUAAUAAUACCACAUGGAACAAUGGAAUAUUGUGUCACCUGUCAUGGGUGAUCUGUGUUUGUUUUGGAUUUGGGUGGGUUUAUCACUUUUUCUUUUUUUAGUUCUGUGACCUCAUUUUCAGUUUGUUUUCUUGGUAUUUUUACACCUGUUGCUCAUUUCAUUGAUUAUGUAAGGAAUAAUUGACGACGGCCACGAUGCAAAGCGUCCGUGUAUGCAUUAUUUUCUAAUAAUUUAAUGUCCAGGAAUCAAUUAUUCCGCUUAUAUAGGGGACCUUUAAGAUGUACACACACAGAACAAAAAUCAGCGAGAAACUGGACCAGAUCAGCACAAUGAUCAAUACAAAACAUCUGGACAUGAAAAGUCUUUGAUUGACAUUCAGUUCUGCUGAUUUAAACCAAUGAAAUUCCAGAAAUAAUAGUCAGUUGAUUCAGAGAUCAUACCUUAAAGUGCAAUAUAAUAAAUAUCCAACGGAGGGCGCCAGCGUCCUUUUUUUUAUAGCUUGGCCUUUUGUAUACUAGUUGCAAUUUAUUAUUUGCACGUAACACCAUUUAGCAUUUUGUACCAAGAUUUUAGAUUUCAUGAUGUUGUUGGCCCUUGAAAACAAGUCAUGCACACCGUGUUCCAGCGACAGGAAGGAAGGAGCUUUGAUGCAGUAAAUCAUCCAUAGGUACACUAAAGCAGAUGCAUACUGUUUUGUUUUGGAACCAAGGCUCAGUCAUGUGGGGUA